GCUUUCUAUUUACUAGGAAACAGUCUUUCCUCCGGGGAGAGUCCGGGAGCGCGCCGGCACACACGCGCACACACACACGCUCGCACACACACAUACACACACGCCAGCGCGCUCGUUCUUCACAACUGCAUCGCCAAACCGGCAGAGCGAAGCUACUGCGGUUUCUCUUAACAUCAGCAUCGUGGGGCGAAGCAGAGCCAUUGUGCAUCAGGGGGAGCCCGGUGCCUGCGCUGCCACCUCGGGUACCUAACCCAGCAGACCGCUCACCCCAUCGGCUGGAAUGCUUGCCGAUUCCCCUGCAAACUUGUAAGGCGGAGACCCUGAGGAACCCAGCUGGAGAAUGCCGUCUGAACGCUGCCUGAGUAUUCAGGAAAUGCUGACAGGCCAGAGGCUCUGCCACUCAGAAUCUCACAAUGAUAGUGUCCUGGCAGCGCUGAAUCAGCAGAGAAGUGACGGCAUCCUCUGCGAUGUCACCCUGAUUGCGGAGGAACAGAAAUUCCAUGCUCACAAGGCAGUCCUAGCAGCAUGCAGCGACUAUUUCCGGGCAAUGUUCAGUCUUUGUAUGGUGGAAAGUGGAGCUGACGAGGUGAAUUUACAUGGUGUGACCAGCCUUGGCUUGAAGCAGGCGCUGGAGUUUGCGUACACGGGGCAGAUUUUGUUGGAGCCGGGCGUGAUCCAGGAUGUGUUAGCGGCUGGCAGCCACCUACAGUUAUUGGAGCUUCUCAAUUUAUGUUCCCACUAUCUCAUCCAGGAAUUAAAUAGCUUUAAUUACUUGGAUCUGUACAGACUUGCUGACCUCUUUAACCUCACUUUGUUGGAGAAAGCAGUGAUCGAUUUCUUAGUGAAACAUCUCUCUGAACUCCUGAAGAGUCGCCCAGAAGACGUUCUAACGCUUCCUUAUUGUCUACUUCAGGAGGUCCUGAAGAGCGACCGCCUGACCUCCCUGAGUGAAGAGCAGAUCUGGCAGCUAGCCGUGAGGUGGUUGGAACACAACUGCCAUUACCAGUACAUGGAUGAGCUCCUGCAGUAUAUCCGCUUUGGCCUGAUGGAUGUGGAUACUCUCCAUACAGUUGCCCUGUCCCACCCCCUCGUCCAGGCAAGUGAGACCGCAACAGCUCUUGUCAAUGAGGCCCUGGAAUACCACCAGAGCAUCUAUGCACAGCCCGUGUGGCAGACUCGCAGGACCAAACCACGUUUCCAGUCAGACACUCUGUAUAUCAUUGGUGGGAAAAAGCGUGAGGUCUGUAAAGUCAAGGAACUUCGGUACUUCAAUCCUGUUGAUCAGGAGAAUGCUCUCAUAGCUGCCAUUGCCAACUGGAGUGAGCUGGCUCCCAUGCCCGUGGGAAGGAGCCACCAUUGUGUGGCAGUCAUGGGGGAUUUCCUGUUUGUAGCAGGAGGGGAAGUGGAGCAUGCCAGUGGACGGACGUGUGCCGUGAGGACUGCCUGUCGCUAUGACCCCCGCAGUAAUUCCUGGGCAGAGAUAGCACCCAUGAAAAACUGCAGGGAGCAUUUCGUGCUGGGUGCCAUGGAUGAAUACCUCUAUGCGGUGGGGGGCAGAAAUGAACUGCGCCAGGUUCUGCCUACAGUUGAGCGAUAUUGCCCGAAGAAGAACAAAUGGACUUUUGUGCAGUCCUUUGACCGAUCCCUUUCAUGUCAUGCUGGCUAUGUGACAGAUGGUCUUCUUUGGAUAUCAGGUGGAGUAACUAACACGGCACAAUAUCAGAACAGACUAAUGGUAUAUGAACCUAACCAGAAUAAGUGGAUAAGCCGCAGCCCCAUGCUGCAGAGAAGGGUCUACCAUUCCAUGGCUGCUGUCCAAAGGAAGCUUUAUGUUCUUGGAGGCAAUGACCUGGACUACAAUAACGACCGGAUCCUUGUGCGGCAUAUAGAUUCUUAUGACAUAGACACUGACCAGUGGACGCGUUGUAAUUUCAACCUGUUGACUGGCCAAAAUGAAUCUGGAGUUGCUGUCCAUAAUGAAAGAAUAUAUUUAGUUGGUGGAUAUUCGAUUUGGACAAAUGAGCCUCUGGCUUGUAUCCAGGUAUUGGAUGUAAGCAGAGAGGGCAAAGAAGAAGUGUUCUAUGGGCCUACACUCCCUUUUGCUUCCAAUGGAAUAGCAGCAUGCUUCCUUCCAGCUCCGUAUUUCACAUGCCCCAACCUUCAAACUCUUCAAGUGCCUCAUCACAGGAUUGGCACCAUCUGAAAAGCCAAUGCUCUGUUAAUAACCAUCAUGAACAGGAGGGAAAAAAACGGCCUGAUUUUUGGAUACUGGGCAUGAAAAGACUCAGUGGCCAAUGCUUCCUUAUUUGUUUUAUAGGUCUUAUAUUCCGAUAAACAUUAGCAAAAAAUGAACAGUUUUCUAAAAUACAUUAUUGAAAACUCCUGUCACCCUUCUGUGUGUCAACAUUCAAUACAAUAUGUAUGACUCUUAUUGUAGUGUAGCUUAGUGCCAACUUAAUGGUCCAUAAUUGUUCCAUGGGUCUUUAGAGCAUUCUUCGUACACUUUUUCUUAUCAGUGCUGUCUAGGACAACAUGACACUGUUUGUUAGUAAGGCAAUUUGUUUCAUAAGUACUGCCAUCAACGAUCUUAAAAAAGUCUUCAGUACUUAAUCCCUUUACUACUUAAACCUGGGUUUGUAAUUUUUCUUUUAAAAAUUUAACAUUAUGCAGCCCUGCUCAGUAGAGACUCAGCAUUACGAUAUAAAUUUUUAAACACCAUAUUUUAUUCAAGAUAACAGGAAUAAUAGAAGUACACUGGAACAGCAGUUGGAAUACCCAGAUUUUUUGCCUUGGUUACUCUGUGACCUUGGGCCAGAAGCUUAACUUUACAGUGCUUCAGGUUUCCCACUUUUUAAGGAAAAUAAUUGUUGAUUCCUAUAUUAAUUCAGAAGAAUGUUGUGAGGAUUAGGCAAA